AUGAAUCCAAAUAAAUUUCGUGCUUGCCAAUUUUUAAUACGCUACCAUGAAAGACGAAAUGAUAAAAUUAUUGUCUUCUCUGAUAGUAUGUUUGCAUUAGAACUAUAUGCAAAAAACUUAGGCAAACCAUAUAUUUGCGGUAAAACAUCGCAAAGUGAACGUAUUCAAAUUCUACAAAACUUCCUACAUAAUCCAACAAUAAACACAAUUUUUGUGUCAAAAGUGGCUGAUACAUCAUUUGAUUUGCCUGAUGCAAAUGUAUUAAUACAAAUAUCAAGUCAUGAUGGAUCUCGCCGACAAGAAGCACAGCGACUUGGCCGAAUUUUACGAGCUAAAAAAGGCACUAUUGUGGAGGAAUAUAAUGCAUUUUUCUAUUCGCUUGUUUCUCAAGAUACUGUUGAAAUGUAUUAUUCAGAAAAACGACAAAGUUUUCUUAUCAAUCAAGGUUAUUCAUACAAAGUUAUUACGCGAUUAGUUAAUGAAGAUGAAAGUUUAUUUUUUUCAACCCGAGACGAACAACGUCAAUUACUUAAACGAGUUCUUCAAGUAACACGUCGUGGUGAAGAUAAAGACGAAGAAUCUAUAGGACAAGUUGCUGCGUCAUCGUCAUCUGUCGAUCGAAGUGUUGGCACAAUGAAUUCCUUGUCAGGUGCUGACGAAACAACAUAUAUGGAAAAUAAAAAGAAACCAACUGGGCCGGUCUAG